AUGGCAACGCUGCUUGCUUCCGCUCUCCAGCGUUUUUGGGCCCGAUUCUCGAGCCUCGACCUCUUGAGUCAAGCAGCGGAUACCCCAAUACCACCCCGGUCCCCGGGUAUGAGACCAGUUUGCCUGUGGCUCGACCUCCUCAAGACCUCCUUUGAUCCUACGAACGUCUUAAUUCACUCGGAUCAAAAAGCCUUGUCCGUACAAGUUAUGACCAAAUCAAGUCGAAGAAUCACGCCGUCAAUGGGCUUUCCUGAGGAUGGCUCGACUCUAUGCGGCACCACUCAGCUUAUGCGUUUAACCUUUGGUGUGGUUCUUCCUGAGGUGUCGACGCCUUUUAUACACGCUGUGGGCUGGCCGAGGACGGCGAGGAGGGGGAGUAUCGUCGAUGGGAAGCCAUUCACGAUGCCCGCGAAGUGGGUGUUAGAAAACGCCCGAGGGCUGUUCAUAGGGAGGGAUAAUUAA